GAGAGAGAGCUGAUUCAGAGUUCUGUUCUCUCAAUUACAUUUGAAAAAAAAUUAAAACACAAUCUCUCUCUCUACUGCUCAAUAAUUCAGCACAGUGCUUGAUUUUCUCUCUCGUUAUUUUUUUUUUAAUUUUUUUUUUUUAAAUCAAAGAUUGAAUUUUUAUUGUGAAAAAUGAGUAGCAGCAAAAGAGAAGAAGAGAGAAACGAGAAAAUAGUGAAGGGUCUUUUGAAGCUCCCUCCCAAUCGCCGAUGCAUUAACUGCAACAACUUGGGUCCUCAAUAUGUGUGCACAAAUUUUUGGACAUUCAUUUGUAUUACAUGCAGUGGAAUACAUCGUGAGUUCACACAUCGUGUCAAAUCAGUUUCCAUGGCGAAGUUCACCUCUCAAGAAGUGGAUUCCCUUCAAAAAGGCGGCAAUCAGAGAGCAAGGGAGCUAUAUUUGAAGGCCUGGGACCCACAGAGGAACAAACUUCCGGAUAAUAGCAAUGUUGAUAAAGUUCGUGAGUUUAUAAAGAACGUGUACGUGGAUAAAAAGUAUUCCGUCGAGAAUUCAUCUGACAAGCCUCCGAAAGAUCCACAGAGCUUGAGAACCAAUGAAGACGAGAUGAGGCGAGCGAGUUCGUAUCAUUCUUUCUCUCAAAGCCCGCCGUACGAUUUUCAAUACGAAGAAAGGCGAAACGGGAAACAUGCACCUGCAUUAACAAGAAAGCCUGGUUCUGAUCGAGGCGUUUACGAGGGGAAGCUUGCUGGUUUCUUGGGUCCCACUUUGUUUGGUGACGGUGGAAACGACGACAGGUGUCGUAACGAGGGAUCUUGUCCCAGGUUGUCGGAUUACUCCGUUUCUGGUGGAAGCCCGUUUAGUGAAGCUUCUAGAGAUAUCUCGAAUGGAGUUCCGAAUAAUUCGCAGACAGCUGCAUCAGUUUCCGGAACCUUUGAUAGUGGCUUGGACCUCUUCAGUACAUCUUUUGCAUCGCAAAAUGUCGUUUCUACCCCUCCAACCGAUACUUAUUCUCAAUCGCCACAAAAUCCGCCGCUAAACUUGUUUGCCCCCGUGUCACAGCUUCAAUCCGCCGCAUCUUCCACCGAAAAGACUUCCGAUUCGAUAGUGCCGAACAAUGGUGGAUGGGCAACGUUCGAUACAGCUCCGAACGUGGAUCCUACGGUUAAUGACAAUUCUGCCCCUGCCCCUGCCACCAUGCAGUCUUCCGAUGGAAAUGUUUUUCGAAAUUUCAACCCAUUUUCGAUUGAUCGAAAUUCCUCCCAUCAAGAUUCUGUGUCAACAAAUAUUUUUGGGCACGAAGUCUCUCGGAAUUUUGAACCAACUCUGUGGAAUGCGUUUGACGGUUCCGAUGAAGGACAGCCAAUCGAAAAUGUAGUAAAAGAUUACGAGAAAGAAGUAGCCGCGCACUGUGCUUCUGAUGCUGAUAAAUUUCCUGGAUUUAGUGUAUACGAGGACAAGAUACAUUCGUUUGCAAAUGAUCAUAGGCCGAUAAAUCCAUUCGACCUGCCCUAUGAUUCCGAUAUGGAAUCUAGCUAUACGUUGUGGAAUAUGAGCUCUUUGGAAGCUGCGUUGCCGAAUAGCCAGGUGGCGGCGUCUUCCUAUAAUCAAUCAUGGUUCCAAAUGCCGAUUAACCAAAUACCGAAUAUUCAUGCUCAAGGAAGCACGGUUGCUUAUGUUGGUGGAAAUCCGUUUGCAUAGCUUUCGAUUUCAUUUGUUAAUAUUUAUUGAGUGUGUGUAAUAAUAAUAGCGGUUUAAAGGCUAAAUCAUUCAUUCUAGAAAUUUGCUUCUUAACUUAACUCUCUCGUUUAUAUUUUAUUUCGAGAAUGCUAUUUAUCGAUUUCGGGCAC